UAUCCUUGAUUUAACGCUACGCCAGACUGCGACUCGUCCAACAUGGCUGGCCAGGAAGAUCCAGUGCAAAGAGAGAUCCACCAAGAUUGGGCAAAUCGCGAGUAUAUAGAAGUAAUUACGAGCAGUAUCAAAAAAAUCGCCGACUUUCUUAACUCAUUCGACAUGUCGUGUCGAUCCCGGUUGGCCACUCUCAAUGAGAAGCUGACAGCGUUGGAGAGGAGGAUCGAAUACAUUGAGGCGAGAGUGACAAAAGGAGAGACCUUGACCUAGAAUUCAUCAUUGAAAUUCAUAGAAUCCUAGAGCUACUUGCCCAUCCCCCCACCCUGAAUCCUUGGAAUAAGUGUGAUGGAUUGCACCCUACUUUUUUGGGGCCAUGUGGACCAUUUUUAUAUUAAAUGGCUAAGUUUUGUGUUAUUUUAUCUCAUGAUGCAUUUGUAUAGAAGAUAUGGCUCUGUUAUGGGCAUCAGUGAUUCAAGCAUCAUCAAUUUGACAAAAUAAAAAUGAGCUCCAUAAGUAUUGGUUUCAAAAAUGUUGUGGAGCUAAAUUAUGGAUCAGGUAUCAGCACAAUUUAUUGACCAUCUGUGUUGUAUACAGUAUCAUUACCACAUCAGAGAUUUAUGAAAGGGGAACAUUCUUGUGUGCCAUGUUGAACAAUUGUGUAGUCAUCUUUAUUAAGGACCUGCUUGUACAGUGAACUGUUUGGUGAUGUUUCCGGAUUUAAAUACUGUAAUAAAUGAUAAACAAUGA